AUGCUCCGCGAGCUCUUCUACUACAUCCUCGGCGGCAUCACCUUCCUCCCCCUCUGCCUCGUCGCCGGCCUCGUCCACUUCCACCUCACCUGCCCGCCCCUGGACGCCCAAGAUGCUGGCCACGGCAUCAGCCCCGAUGUCGAGCUCACACAGGAGCGCAAGGUCAUGGCCCUCGACCUCGCCGCUGCAAACGCCGCACUCGUCUCGGAGCUGGAAAGCAACAGGGGAAAGGACCGCCCACAGGGCAGCUCCACCGCUCCCGCUGCGGCAAAGCGCCUCGGCCCCGGGCCCGCUCCCUCUGCCGGUACCAAGCCCCACCUCUCUGGGCCUCUCGUCGUCAGACCUCGAUUCGCAGCCGACGCAGACGUCGCAGCCACCGCCGCCGCCGCCUCGACCACGGCCGCUGCUCCCUCGUCGUCUUCUCUGAGCAACUCGGACCUGGCAGGAAAUAGCUCCGAUGCCGGCCGGAAGCCCGCCUCCAAUAACGCCAACGCCGGCCCCAGCUCCAGCAGCGCCGGUGGCACCAGCUACAUGACGCAGAUGUACAAGGGCCUGCUCGACUACCGCAAAAUGGGGACAAAGAGGACACUUCCCCCCUCGGCCGACUCAAAGGGAACACAGCCCGGUCAGAACGGCGCCAGCGGCCCGACAUCGGCCACCGGCACCGGCACCGGCACCGGCUCAGGCGCAGGAUCGGACACCAACCUCACCGGCACCGUGGGCAGGGAGAGCUUCCACUGCAUACUCAAGGCCCCCAUCCUCUACCUCUACUCGUCCGACGAUGUGUCCGACCCCAGCACCGAGUGCCACGCCGCCAUCGACCUGCGCGGCAAGCGCGUCAGCAUCUUUGUCGCCGGCCUCGGCGAUACCAUGGGCGAGCCGGACACAGACGAGGAGGAUGACGACGACGACGACCGGGACAAUGACGAUGACGACCAGAACAGACCAAACGGCGGGCAUCGGGCAGCGGGCGGGGACGGCGCAGACGACGGUGCGAGCCGCAACCAGCGACAGGGGCAUCCCUCUACGAACAAGCCGCAGCCAGGUCCGCUGGCCGCAGUCAAGGACGCGGCCGGCGCCUACGACACCCAGAGCAGCGCGGGCAGCGACGCCGAGGCCCUGCCUGCCGCCAAUGCCGAUGGCCGUCGGGCCGCCUCGAAGCUCGCCAGGGCCGGCUGGAAAAAGGCCAAGCGCGUCGCGGUGCGCGACGGCGAGCUCUUCAUGAAACGCAACGCGAUCCGCAUCCUCGGCAACUGGACUGGCCGCUCCGCCGGCUCCAAAUCGCAGCGGUCGGCACCUGGCCAGGGCCGCCAGCAGCGUCCACAGUGGUUCAUCUUCUGCAAGAGCACCAACUCGAUGGAGGACUGGUACCACGCGCUGCUGCAGGCCUCGUUCAUGCCCGAGAGCGGCCCGAAAGCCGGAGCGGCGACGGGCGUCGACGGCGGCGGCGCACCCACGCUCUCGCUGCGACCAGGACAGGAUCCGCUCGACCCGGUCUUUUCCAAGGAAGACAUGGCGUCGCUGCUCGUCUCGCUCGACAGCCUGCCGGACCCGAUCCCACUGCGAUGGCUCAACGCCAUGGUGGGCCGCAUCUUCUACUCGGUCUACCGCACCGCCUGGCUCGAGGACUACAUCACGCGCAAGAUGAUGAAGAAGAUCUCGCGGGUCAAGACGCCCGGCUUCCUCGGCGACAUCAAGGUGCAGGAGGUCGAUGUGGGGCGGCGCGCCCCGGGCUUCAGCCGGCCCAUGCUCAAGUCGCUCACCAGCGACGGCGAAGCGAGCAUGGAGGUGGCGUGCCACUAUGUGGGCGAGGUGCGCAUCACCAUCGCCACCUCGGUCACCAUCUCGCUCGGCUCGCGCUUCAAGCCGUACACGAUCCCCCUGGUGCUCGCCGUGGUGCUGCGCUCGCUCGAGGGCAACCUGCUGCUCCAGGUCAAGCCGCCGCCCAGCAACCGCCUCUGGUUCGGCUUCACCUCGCUGCCCAAGAUGGAGAUCGACGUCGAGCCCGUCGUCAGCGCGCGCAAGGUGCAAUGGGGCAUGGUGACGCGCCUCAUCGAGGGAAGGAUCCGAGAGCUGCUGACGGAGUCGAUCGUCGUGCCUAACAUGGACGACGUGCCCUUCUUCGACACCCGCGGCCUUCCGCAUCGAGGCGCUAUCUUCGGAGACGCCGCCAAGCGACCCGACGACUCGCUGUCGACGGCGGCGAGCAACGAAGUGGCCAAGGCGGCGCAGCCCGACGCCGCCACUGCCGCCACCGCCGCCACCGCCGCCGUCGCCGCUGCUGCUCAAAGAGGCCACCAGAGCGCACCGGCGUCGGGCGCCACGACCCCGUCUUCUGUCGAGACAAAGCAACUCAACGGACCAUCGGCAGACGGCGGCGCAGCCACCUCCACGGCGACCGCCGACAGGGGGGACGCCGCCUCGCUGCGAAACCGAAAGAGCAGCAAUCUCAAGGCGGCGCAGGAUCCCUCCCACCCGCAGCAGCAGCAUCGUCUCUCGUCGCCCGCCGCCGCUGGCCUUAGUGAUCUCCUCUCGCGCGACUUGGCCGCCGGCGGCUCCCUUUCGAACGACAAGCUGUCGACGUCGCCAUCGCGAUCCGACUCGAGGCUCUCGCAGCAGCAGCAGCAACAGCAGCACAGCCAGCCGCAGCAGCCGCAGCAGCAGCAACAAUCACAGAACCGCAAGAGCUGGUUUGGCGGAGGCUCGCGCCAAUCGGCGACACCCGGUCCCACGCCGUCCUCGUCGCUGCCUCCGGGCAGUCGCUCCAGAGGUGGCAAGGGCCGCGAGCAGAGCAGCCUCGCGUGGGGCAACGCCAGCCUCAGCCACGUGCCCGGCCGUUCCCUGCAGCCGCAGCAGCAGUCGUCGCCUAAGCUGGAGCCGAUGCAGGACCUCGUCGCCGCGGAUGGCCAGAAUCAAGGCGCAGGCACGGCUGUCGACGCUGGAUUCGAAAGCCACCGCCGCAACAACAAGAGCAUCAGCUCGAUCUCGUCCUCUGCUCUGGGCACAGAUGAGAGCGGCGCGAGUGCCCUGACAGACAGGCUCGACGCCCCUGCAGCGGUUCCCGCCACCGAAGCAACCGAAGCGGCCUCCAAAACUGGGGCCGACCUCGCUGCACCGGACCAAGGAUCCGACGCCCCGACGCCGAGGGCCGAGCACUAUCCCGGCAGCACCACCUCGUCGUCGAAGGCGCCCUCGUUGAUGGUAUCCAAGGCGUCGGAGGAGGACGUCGCUGCCCUGGGCGGCGACAGCGGUGAAGCGGCGAGCCAUGAAGCCCGGCCAGACUCGGCCCUCGCCAUCGAGACCGGCGGCAGGCAAGAACCUCUGAUCGACAGCCCAUCGAGCCUCGUCGGUAGCGGCCAUCAACCACGGUCGUCGUCACCGUCGUCAUUGGGCAGCGAUCUGCGCCUCGUGCCAGCUGAUCACGAUGCGGGGGAUGCCGACGACGCCGAGGCGUCAGCCGAUGAGGACAACGACGGGACAUCGUUGUCAAAGUCGCUCGGCGCCUCGGGCCGUUCCAUGGGCGGCUACGACGGCAGCAGCAUCUCGCGCACCUCGAGCAGCCCCUCGGUCGCCAGCGGCGUCAAGUCGACGCACGGCUUUGCUCCGCCCCCGCGCAGAACUGCCGCCGCUCCCCCCACCCGUCGUGACAACGACGCCGCCAAAGCCAACGACUCGGCCUCUUCGGGCCUGGGCGCGGCGUACCAGAGCCGCUACGGGCUGGGCGGCGCCAGCGACGCUUCCUCUCUGUCCUCGCCCUCGUCCGAAGGCCCGGCUUCCGCCACGACGGCGCUGCUGCUCAGCUCCUGGACCAAGGCCAAGGCGAGCAUGGCCGACAAGGAGAGCCGCCAGGCCGCGGCCAAGGACGCCAAGGACGCCAUCAAGCGAGGCUGGGCUAGCUGGAACAGCAAGCGCAACGACCGUGGCGGUGGCAACUCUUCUGGGUUCAGCGAUGUGGCCAGCACCGCCACGGCGUCGUCGAAUCGGUCGUCCGGCCUGCUGUCGUCGGCCAGCAACAGCAGCCGCUUCUCGCUGACGCCAUCGAGGUCGAGCUGGUACGGCAACGGGUCCUCGCCGCCGGCCGACCCGACCAGCAUGGGCACCGGUCUCGAGAGCGGGCAGCACGGCUCCCGUUCGGGAUCGCACAGCAGCAUCGCGGCUUCCGCCUCGGCAGCCCUCUCUGAAGCCGAGCGUCGAGCCCAUCUGCGCCGAAGCGGGAUCCAGGACGAAGUCGACGACAGCGGCAGCGCCCGUUCGAGCUCGAGCGGCCGGCAGCCGUACCGUGAGCUGCGGGCCAGCAAGGCGGCUCACCAGGGCGGCCCGCGGCCCGAUUACGACCAGCCCGCCGCGGACCCCUCCUCGACCUCUUCGGGACAGUGGAGCGUCUCGGUGCCUAGCCUCGCGGCCCCGGCCCCAGCGCUGCAAAGGCAGGCGUCUGAAAACAGCGGCCACCAGCGGGAUGCUCGAGAGCCCAACCGGGGCCAUGGCGACUAUCCGGCACGUGGCGAGGCGCGCGGCCUCGAGGGAAGCCAAGGGUCUCCGGUCAACACGGUGCCGAGGCGACGUGUCAGCAGCACGGCUUCGAGCGGAGCUGGCGGUGGCGUCAGCUUCAUGCCACCCGCGCCGACGACGACGACGGGCCUGGCGUCGACCUCGAGCUUCUCCGGCUCCACCCUCAGCCCCAUCGAGGGCCAGUCGCCGCUGCCCACGCCACCGACCGACCCGAUGCGCGGUAGCAGUCCGGAAGAGGCGUCCGGGCUGGGUCUCAGGCAGCCACCGCCGACGGCGCAGGCUGAGCCGGCUGCCCGCAGCGACGAGGCGUUCCGCUCUCCUGCGUCUUCGGCCAGCGACAAGAGGACCCCGAGAGCUGAUGCGACGACGACACUCUCGCCGGAGAUGCACACGACUUCGCCGCGGCUGUACGGAUCAGCCGUCGUGGGCGCUGGGGGCAUGGCGACGCCCUCUUCUCCUAGCAUGGGCGGCGGCGCCAAGGUGCAGACGCAGCCGGGCAGGGCGGCCAUGAUGGCGGUGCCGGGCAUUCCGUCGAUGCAGAAGUCGAUCCCGCAGAGCUUCAGCGCGCCGCCGCCGACCGAGGCCAUGUCGGCUGCAUCGCAGCCGCCGCAGCCGCGCACGUCUGGCUCGCCGACCAUGACGCGGAUGGGGUCCAUGUUCCGGAUGUCCGGCCUAGGGUCGGAGGGCGGUGGGCAAGCCGUUGACGCCAAAACGAGCGGAGGCGCUGUCGACCCCGGUACGGUGACAGCAAACCCGCUCGAGGAUGAGCUGCCCGUUCCGAGCGCCGCCGUCUCUGGUGACGGAAGGGGCAUCGAUCAGGCCACCGACCGAGCCCCCGCCGACGACGCUGCUGGUGGCCUUGGGCUGACCAACCUGACGCCAUCGGUCUCGGCGACUGAAGUAGCCGCUUCCAGCAUCCCAGAGGGCGAGGCAGACGAUGCGGCGCCGAGCAGCAUGCCCGGCGAGACGGAUGAUGGCGAGACGGUGUCUGGACCGGCGGGGGUCGCAGCGGCGGCCAUGCCUGCGCCGGCGAGGGGCGUCGGCGAGGAGGUUGCUGCAGGAGGCCCGGGCCCAAGCCAAGGCAAAAGCCAACAGCCGACGCCGACGGAGCAAGGCGAGGUCGAGGGCGUGACCACCGAUGAUGACGGGGCGGGUACGUUUGCAGAGGUGGCGGCGGCCGAGGGACCGGCCGUGGACCGCGAGUUUGCCGAGUCGCAGCUCGACAUGGGACCGGCCGUCGCGGUGGGCAGCAGCGAGGUUAAGCUCGACGACGGGUCGAGGCAGCGACCGCAGCGCGAGGGCGUGUCUGCCCAAGGCGGGCGACCUUGGAUCCACUGA